GACGAGCCUCUUUCUGCCAGACACCAAGACAGAAGGAUGAAGAGAUCCUUUGUAAAUAACCGUGCUUUUGCACCAACGAGGGCGAUGCCACAGCGCUGUAGGCUACCAUGGAGAACCGGGGGUUGAAGGCGUUGCCCUGCGUUUCCCUGGCUCUUCUCGUCUUCAUACCAGCUGUCCGGGGUCUUUGCCCUGCUGUGUGUUCGUGCUCAGGAAACGACAGAAACGUGGACUGUUCCGGCAGAAACCUGACCACGCUGCCAUACGGACUUCAGGACAACGUUACCUAUUUAAACCUGUCGUAUAACCACUUUGUUGACCUCGACCACCAGCUCACACGGUUUGCCAAUUUGAGGACCCUGGACCUUGGCCACAAUUGGCUCCAGAACCUCCCUUCCCAUCUGCCCAGGUCGCUGUGGGAAAUCUAUGCUGCACACAACAACAUCAAGGUCCUUCAAAAGCUCGACACGGCUUACCAGUGGAAUCUAAAAGUCCUCGACGUCUCCAGGAAUAUGGUGGAAAGGGCUGUUCUUAUCAACAACACCAUGAGCAGCCUCAAGUCCCUCAACCUCAGUAGUAACAAGCUGUGGACCGUCCCCACCAACAUUCCUUCCAACAUGGAGACGGUGGAUCUAUCCAACAACUUCUUGACACAAAUACUACCAGGCACGCUGGUGAGGCUCGGCCACCUUUCCAAACUUUACUUGCACAACAACAAGUUCACCUAUAUUCCCGACAAAGCUUUCGACCAGCUCGCUCAACUCCAGCUAAUAACACUGUACAACAACCCCUGGUCGUGCGGGGAUAACAAGCCAGCCCUCUCCUACUUGCAGAAAUGGAUGGCAGAAACCAGCGCUGCCGUCCUAGGGCCGCCAUGCUCAGAUGUGGCCACCACACCCUGGAAGACCGCCACGCCGUACUCAGCUGCUCCCACGGUUACAGAGAACCAUCUCCUUGUGAAAGCCAUGAAGGCAGCGGGCUCUCCGACGGCAAUUGAACAAACCAAACUCGUGCAGCAACAGUUUAGAAUGAAGGAUGUCAGUCUCGGCGGGACCGUUGGCCAAACGCUCACGUUCACAAGUACGGACAGGCCCCUGGUCUUCUACCCGGAAGAUCUGAGCACGGAGAAGCUGAGUUCUUACGAGGCAGCGGCCGCCCCACACACAAUCUACAUUCAAGAUACCACCUCUGUGAAUUCAAGCACAAUGGGUCUGGCAGGAUCGCCCACUACUCCUAUGACCUUGAGCAUCACCAGCGGGGUGCCGCCAAACUAUUCAAAGAGGCCUCAAAGCACAACAGCAACUGCAAAGAGAGAGGAAUCUACCACGAAAAUUAACCCCCGUGCACCCUCCCGAGCAAAUGUUUGCAAGGGCUAUUUGUUCGUCAUUGUAAUGCUUGCCACGCUGGCCCUGGCAAGUGGCUUUGGAUUUGUGCUUAAGUGAAUAAAUUGCUUCAUUAUUCCAUAUUAAUGAAACAUUUGGGGGGGGGAAGAAACGCUCGUGUUCCACAACGAUUCAGCUGCAAGAAGAAAUGCCCAUUUAAAUUCUGAAAUAUGACCGUAAAGAACGCAACUCCUCCUAAACGAAAUGACUGCACAAAAUUAUGUCUUGAUAACCAAGCUGCUACUUACUCUAUGUCUUACCGAGUUAAGGAAAAAAGAAGCCUAAUUCUGUCAAAUAGUAUAAUUGUUUUUACAAAACGUGCUUAUUUUGUAUUUACAUUUUUAAUUUUCUUCACACAAAAAUAUGAAAAAAAAAUGUCAGUAUUUUAUGUAUUGAUUAUGAAUAGUUUUGUCAUUAAACAUCUGGAAAGAAAAAUAUGAAAGGGCUGUACCAUAUAUAUAUAUAUAUAUAUA